AUGUCCAGAGACUCGCGGCGGGGCUCGCUGCAGCCGCCUUCGCUCUACCAAAUGCAUGCCCAGGCAUCACGCUCCGACACGCUCACUACUUUCGAUGACUUCACCGUGCCACCGGCCCCAAGCUCAGUCGGUGAGCCCAAGGGCAUAGACUUGGUACAGGGUGGCUUCAGUGGGCUGUACAGUCGCCUGAGAGCUUCUGUAGGAGGCGUCAGAGAACAAUCACAAGAUGGCAGGAGCGGGACUUCACCGGCCUCCAAGUCAGCGGCUGUCACUCGAAGCCCAGGGGGGACGUCCGUGUCUUCACCCGUUGUCACCUCUAGGCCGUCGUCGCGCAUGCAAUCUCCAGCAACAGCCAACUUCCCCGACGCCCUGCCUCCCUCCCGCGACUCCAACAUAUCUAGUACUACGCUCUCCAGUAAGACGUCCAUGAAUGCGUCCAAGGCUUCGCUUGGUACUGCGCGGUCCCGGAACUCAAUGACCCCGAGCGUCGACACAGGGCAUACAGCAAAACACGACGAAUCAUCGAUCCUGAGCCCUAUGGGCCCCCACUCUAGAAGCCAAAGCACCUCCACCGUCGACUUACCAAGAAGCAACACGCCGAGAGAUCCUGCGUUAGGAGCCCAAAGGCUAGAUUCUCCGCGAUUCGCUCCAAACCGGGACAGCGCUGCUAGGAGACAGAAGGGCGACUUUGACCUGGCAGGUCAGGAAAGUGACGAUACCGAUGACGAUGAUAUGGUGCUCGUGAAAGGCGAAGGUCAAGCGGGUGAUAGCGCGACUUUCAAGGCCGGGUCAGACACUCCGCGCGAAAGUCUGAGUAGGGUCAGCUCCCGCGCCGACAGCCAAUAUCAACCCACCCGCUCUGCGCCUAACAAGCCAAGGGAACAGCCUGAGAAGUCCCCCGAGAGGAUUCAACUCGGUCGCAACAACACCGCUAGCUCCCAAACUACCAUACACGCACCGGAGCCGCAGCGUCCCCCCAUGCUCCAUGUCGGUCCUUCACACCUCCCAGGCUACCGGCCUUCCAGGGCCUCUUCUUCUGACGGGUUGAGCUCUAUCAUCACAACUUCCACGAUACGCACUCCUGCUGUUGCGCCUAUCGAAGAGAUUCAGAGACAAGCCCAGGCUGCGCCUGCGGUACACAACAUGUCAAGAAGUACCUUUACUCAAAUGCGAAGAAAGAUCCUAGACCGCGAGUUUUGGAUGCGAGACGAGAACGCUAAAGCUUGUUUCAGCUGCGGUGAUGCUUUCACUACUUUCAGACGUAAGAUAUUUGGACAGCAAAGCAACCUGAAGGUGUGCAAACCGUGUGAGGGUAUCAUAUAUGGCCACGACGAUGACUCGUCCGACUACACUGAUGAUGGCGACCAAGGUUCCCUUUACGACAACGGGGAUAGGACUCAGUACUCGGACGACGACGAGGCUGAUCAUGUUGAGAGUGAUCAUACAAAGAUCGGAACACCGACCAUCAGCAUCCCCAUGUCUCGGAAGAUAACAUUAGCAUCACAAGCCGCAACGGAAAUCGACCGUCCCGACGAAGAAAUCUGA